GCGAGCGGCGCAUCCACCAAAGUCGCUGGCUCGCGAGUCGCGGCUGCCACUCGGCCAGAAUCAGUCGCUUCCUAACAGUCGGAGGGAGAGUACGUACGCUCCCGCUCUCUGACCUGCCUCAGUGGCCGCUUGUCGUCGGCAAACUUCGCAACUUAUUUCGCAGAAGUUACGUUCAUCAGUUGAUUGUAAUCUGUGAUGUACCAAAUUGGUUUUUCGUAUUUUGGAAUAUAAAGAGGUGUGUGAUGUGAACUUAUUUUUGGAAAAGAGUGAUUUUUACACUUGUGAUACCAAAUCUACGUUGUGAUUUUAUAAAGUUCGCUGUGUUAAAACCGAGUGCAUUGCGCACCGAAUCAGUGCACGGAGGCCGCAGCCUAAUAUUGAAAUACAAAUCAAAGGCUCAGCCAAACCUUUCGGAUUCGGCAAGCAGCCCGACGGGAUUAUCGGCGGCGGAACCGACGGAGCCAACGACGUGCCAACAUCAAGCAAGCCGAAGCCCGGAGCCGCGUGUCAAGUGCCAACCUGAGGCUCGCCCAGGCCCCGUCGCCCUCCCCAGGAUACAUGUGCAAGACGUAGGCGUCCUGCGGAAGACGCGGCGAGGCCAGAGGACUUCGGGCAAGGACGAGGACCAGCAAAGCCAGGACGUGCGGCGAGGGCGAAGCAGGAUGGCUGACGCUGGGAUAUGAUACUGUCGCUUCCUCCUGACACGGCCCUGGAAAAUUAUGUCCAGGUGGUGGGUAUGGCGUCAUCCAGCUGGGGAGACGGCGAGUGGGACCCUGGUGACUGCGAGUGUGGGGGCCCGCCGCCCCCCGCCUUUAUGGUGCCGCCGCCCCCACGCCCCCCAGCGUUCCCUGGGGGCCCCUCACCGGAAGCCCUGCUGGGGUUUGGCGGGGGCGACGCGGCGGACGACUGCGAGGGCCCCUUCACCUGCCCGGCGCUGCUCGGCGCCCGCGAGGACCAUCGCUCGCCCACGCCCCGCGCGCCGCUCGCCGUCGUCAUCGUCUCGGCCGCCACGCUCGUCGUCCUGGUCAUCGUCGCCGCCGUCAUCGUGUGCAGGUUGCGCGGGCGCGGCCGCAGUCCCAAGGGCUGCACGGAGCUGAGCGGCGCCAUCAUCUACGACGACCUCCCCUCCGCCCCCUCCGUCGUGCCCGCCCGCACACGCCCGCGGUUCAAACCCGUGCCUCUCGACGGCGAGGAGGUGCUGGGGAUGACCAUGGGCGUGCACCUGUACACCCCCGAGCCCAGGAGCGCCGCGCCCUCCGAGCACCUGUAUCAGAGCAUCUCCUCAGGAAGCGAGACAUGCAGUUACAGCACCAGCGAGGCGGCGCCACACGACGGGCGCUCCCUUCUGCGCCCUCCGCACCCUCGCGGAGGCCUGUGCCCCUCGCCCAUCCUCCCCGACACGGACAGCGAGGACGAGCCCCUGGGCCCGGGGGGCGUGGCUCCGCCCAGCGACAAUGACACGCCCAACACCUCUCCCAACCGCUCGCGCUACUACUGCCCGAGCGCGCCCCCUCACCGCUGCUCCCCCGCCGGCUCGGGCUCCGACUACGAGAGCGUGUAUUACGUGGGUGGCAUCCGGCGGGAGCGGCCCCUGACGCCGCAGGAGCGAGGCCUCCCGCCCCUGCCCUCGCGCACGGACCGCUUCCGUAUCUACUUCUCGGUGGAGCGCGGCCAGCGGCGCCCCCCGGGUCGCAGGGGCUCUUCGGGGCGGCGCCACAGCGGCCACCACCACCCGCUCCAUCCGCAGCCGCACCAUCCGCCCGAAGCCGAGCCGCUCUACGAGAACCUGACGUAGGUCCCGCGGCGUGCGACGCCGGCGGACCGCUUUUCCCUCGACAGGACGCCGCCUGUGCUUCGUGGACGGGCCAUGGGGGCGGCUCAGUGCAGGAGAGGAGCUCGUUGUGGGCCUGUCUGGUGGCGCGGGCGGCUGCGUAUCUGUGAUGGCGUGGAUGGCAGACUGAUCUCAGGGUACAGCGUUGGAGAGCGACGUCGUUGGAGAGCGACAGCGUUGGAGAGCGACGUCGUUGGAGAGCGUUGGAGAGCGACGGCGUUAGAGAAAGCGGUGCGACUGACGACGAGGGAAGCGAAGCCUUUUCCUCUCCAGGUUAUUUUGCGUUAGCUGUGGGUGUGGCAAGUCCUUGAUAUUUCUUGAACCUUUACUGAGAAAUGAAAAUAACUGAACUCCAUAUCAAUAACAAACUCUGUAUAGUGGAUUGGUACGCAGAUCAAAUCCAUAUGUGAAAGGAGCAUUUUGUAGACUUGUCUGGAUCAAAGUGUAGGAGCCGAUUAGUGUCCUGUUGAGCCGAGUGUGCGUGUGUUUACGCGAAUUUCCGCGGCGACCCGUUCAAAGGCAGACAGUACGAACAAGCACGCACGCGAGUUCGGGUCGCUUGCCUAUGUAUGGCAGCUGGAAGGACGGUCAGUAAAGGAAUGAAAACUGUCUCAGGCUGCAGUGAAGUCCCAGUGAAACCGAAAAAAAGGAAGUGUUGAGGAAAUUCGAACGUGAACUCGCCAGCCAUGAGUGCCAGGAAUCCAGUACCGAGAGCGGCUCCUUCUCAAGACGCCGUUGACUGCCCUGGCGAAGGAGGCGCAGGUGACGGCGGAGGCGAGGGGAGGGAAAGCGUGUCUGUGCCGAAAGCGGACAAACACACACAAACACACACAAGUAGUUGGUGUUGUCUCAAGGUGCAAUCUAGUCCUCUCGUCCGAGCGCACGCACACACACGCAGCCUCUCACUGGCCGGUAGACUGACCCACCAGUAAAUUCACACAUAUUCCCAAGUGGUAGGCCUAGGUAAAUUCAACCUUAAAAUACAAAAGAUCUCCAUGUAUACAUUUGCAUUUACAAAAGAUUGUAAGAUUGUAACGUCAAACAGUAGGCAAAAAAGUCAAUAAAAAGGUAAACACACACACACACACACACACACACAAACACAAACACAAACACAAACACAAACACACACACACACACACACACACACACAC